CAUGACUACAGGUCCAAGGUGAAUGUGAUAAUUCAUGUGUUUAGUAACUUUUUAAAUGCUGGUGCUCACUCUGUCCAAGUUCACUGCAGGGACACUACUUGUGAGAGGAGCAAAUCAUAGAGGCCUGCAGGAUGGCCCAGGCAGACAGCAAGGUGCUAGUCCUGGGAGCGCUGGCUGGAAUGGCCGGCAUCGGCUUGGCUGUGGUGGUUUACCAAGGCUUCAGAUCCGGACGAAGAGGCUCAGGGCCGGGCUUCUACCUCAACCGCAACAACGAACAGACUACCAGCCUCAUGUUGGUGGACGGUCCAGGUAUGCCCAGGGGUCAGGCUGUGGUGCUGGAGCGCCUCGAGGCCCUCAUCCAAUGCGUGUCCGAGCUGAAGGACGAGAUGAAGGCGCUGAAGGAAGCUCUGCCGACGCUGCCGGACCAAGUCAGGGAAGAGCUGAGGGGACGCGAAGGUGCAGAGGCGCGACGGGUUAGCCCACUUCACAGGACCACGCCGACACGGAGGAAAAGGGCAGCGGGCACCGUCUCCGCGGCCAGACCUUCAGGUCGGAGCUCAGAGGAAGCAGAGAGCGAGGGAGGGUAUAUGACUGCACUGACAGACUCUGAGGAAGAGGAGCAAAGCGAUGCAGAACCGGUUGGCGAAGAACAGCCCGAGGACAAGUUGUCUUCCUUCCUCGAAAGGAUCGACCGUUUGCAUCAGGGCGCUGAGUCUGACAAAAGAGAAAGUCUCAAUAUCCUACUAGAGCAGAGAGAAGAGUUUGGGCAGAACUCGACAUUUCUUUGGCGGCUCAUCAGAGCUCACUGUGAUGUUCAUGACGUCAGCUCUGCUCUGGAAGAAAAGAAGAUCCACGCAGAAACCGGAAAGAAAGUUGGUGAGGAGGCGGUGAAGCUGAACCCAACAUGUGCUGAAAGUCAUCAGUGGUAUGCCAUCAUGUGUGGAAUUAUGGCAGAAUACGACACAGUACAGAACAAGAUAAGGAACGGAUACAUCUUUAAGGAUCAUCUGGAUAAAGCCAUCGAGCUGAAGCCGCAAGACCCGAUGUCCUACUACCUGCUGGGCCGCUGGUGCUACGCUGUGGCCCAGUUAUCCUGGAUUGAAAGGAAAGUCGCCGCCACGUUAUUUGGAGAACCUCCAAGCGCAACAGUGGAAGACGCGCUGAAGAAGUUUCUUAAGGUUGAGGAGCUCCAGCCGGGAUAUUCCAAACUCAACUACGUGUUUCUAGCUAAGUGCUACAAAGACCUGGGGCAGAGGGGAAACGCUAAGAAGAUGGUUGAAGCCGCUUGUUCGAUGAAUGCCGUUUCGAAAGAGGAUGAAGAGGCACAGAAGGAGCUGGACUUACUCGGCCCAGCGCUCGGAGUGUGACAUCACUGUGCAACACCGCAACCUUAUGGGAAUUUGUGUGUGUGCGUGUGUGUGUGUAUUGAAUUGAGAGGCCAUCAUUUUAAUUCACUCUGUGAGUGGAGGGAGGUGAGCUGUGGCAUUAUAUCAUCAUUGGGAACAAUAGGCUGUUAGUCUGAACCGUCCUACAGGUUUUUUUUAAUUGGUGUUUGAGACAAAUUUUUUAAAUGGUGGAAAACAAGCUUAACCACUUUACAAAAUAAUCUAAUUCAUUAGUUUGUCCAAUCUCAAAUAAUCAUCAAAUGUGAAAAGUGGGUAAAGAUUUCAGUUGAUUUGAAAGAUUCUACAGAAAACUGGAUAAAUCAUAAUUUGUAGUGAAUUCGUUGCAACUGUUAUUAUGUGUUAUGUAAACACUGCUGAUCUAUUUGUACAGCAGCUGUGUGUUACAAACGUUCUCUCUGAGGUCUGCUGGCUCUGAUACGCAGUCCAGAGUGUGUCUCAAGGAUACAUUUCCUUCCUCCAAAGAAGGACACUUCACUUUUUGGGAAAGUGACCCACAGGACUUGUUGUUCCUUCCUGUUCCGUCCUGUUUUUUUCGUCGAGUGUCCCACCACCCGUUCAAGUGGCAAUAACAAAAGCACACCAGACAAUAGCGCACCCAAACAAAGAUCUUGGAAUGCCGUGACCACUGGAUGACCUCCUGCCCUCUACACUCUGCCGAACAUGAAUGCUCUGUGGCUACAUUUACAUGCAGGCAGCAAGCUGAUUACCUUCCUGACUUUAUAAAAUAAUUACACAACGCAGUG